AAGCCUGCCGUUUUCUCUCAUAUCGUUUUAGUGGCCACUCUUCGCAACGGAUCAAACCAGAUAGAACUUGAAGAUUUUCUUCUUCUUUCUCAACAUGCAAUGUUUAUCUCUGCAAUCGCUUCCAUGGAAACCAAAUUCAGUGGCUUUACCUGAAAUUUAUCUUUUGAAUCCCAAACAAGUGACCGCCUCGAAUUCUCCGUAUCGUAGAACUCGAAACUGGAAAAUUAGAAGUUCGUCGGAAGAGAAUGUAGCAAAUUCGAGUGACGGCGGAGAUUUAAAGAAGUCGCUGUCCGGUAUCGUGGGAAAUCAAGUGGAGGAGCUAUUUAGCAGAGAAGAGAACAAGAAUUUGCUUGAUGGUCUGGAAAAAGCGUCGUUGAGAGUGGAGAUAGCGAAGAGAGAGCUCGAAGAGAUAGAGAGACAAGAAAGUGAGGCGAAAUUGUUACAGGAUUAUGUUAAUCAGCUUGAAUCAAGAGCCGCAGAGAUCGCAGAAUGCCAGCAGGAGAUUGUCGCAGCAAGAUCAAUGGUUGAGGAAGCAGAACGCGCUUUGUCCUUAGCAGAUACCGAAGCAAUUGGAAGUUCAGAAAAGGGUUAUUCGAUCGACAAAGACAAGGAGAGGUUAGAAUCAGCGAAAGCGGCAGUGAUCGCAGCUGCGGUUGGGACCAUUGCGGAACUCCCAUUUGCUCUUUCUCAAGUCUCGAGCAUCGAGCAGCUUGUUCUUCCCCUAGGAAUAGCGUUUGCAAGCUGUGCAUUGUUUGGAGUCACAUUCAGGUAUGCAGUCAGAAGAGACUUGGAUGAUAGUCAUCUCAAAUCCGGAGCAGUUGCAGCUUUUGGGUUUGUUAAAGGACUUGGUAUGUUGAGCAGAGGACCGCCAUUGGAGCUGAGCUGGGAAAGCUUGUUUUCACAUGGCAUAGACGGCGCCAUUUUGGUGUCUCAGAGCGUCUUGAUAUUUGCGUUUGCGUCCAUAGGUUUGGACUUCUGUUUCAAGACGAAACUCUUGAGACCAUUUCCUAGCUCCGACUAGUAGUAUGUAGAAGAAGCAAUUAAAAAUGUAGAAAUGAACAAAUUAUUACUUUGAAGACUUUUAUUUGAUUUUUGGACUAUUAAUUGUUCUAAAUGUUUUAUCCUAGAUUUCUAUAAUCUAUAGCUGUAACAUAUCA